AUGUUCUUUGGCGCUAGCAUCAGCAAGAAAGCGUUCGAGUUGCUGCUGCUGCUGCAGCAGCUUUCUUUGUCUUGCUUUUUCCCGCUGCUGCAGCAAAAAGGGGAGAUACGAUUCCUCGUAUUCAGCCCGCAGCUUCUGCAGACAGCCCCACAUCUUAUCCAUACCCUGCAGCAGCAGCAGCAGCAGCAGCAGCAGCAGCAGCAACAGCAGCAGCAGCAGCAGGAGCAGGAGCAGCAGCAGCAGCAGCAGCAGCAACAGCAGCAGCAGGAGCAAGAGAAACAUCAGGAACAUUAA